CGCUGAGUGUAAUUUUCUCCUUGAAAUUAUGGGAUGGGAGUGCUCUUCUUUGCAAGCUCAUAAAAAGGCCAGCAUGACCACCUCGUUACCUCAGCAAUAAAAGAAUACAGCCUCCAGUGCAGUGUAAGCAAUGUCAGUGUGCAGAGUCCAACCGCUCGACUGGAUGCUUUUGCAGCAGAUGAUUGUCAAAGUCUUUAGCUCCAAGUUCAGACCAGCAACUGGUGUUCGGGGACCAUGCCCUCGGGGAAGACAGUCAAGCUCAUCCUGUAUGAGGUGCUGCAGUUUGCGGCCCUGAUCGUGCCAGUAUUUGUGAUCAUGGAGAGGUUUGCCAGCCUCAUACGAGAGGUGAAAGGCUGGGAUCUAACAGCUUACUGGCUUGUGGUAGCGACCUCUAUCGCCUACGUGACCUCUGUGACCCUGCUGGUGUGGGUUCCUCUUAAAUAUGUGAUCCUCCAGCAGCGCAGGUUCAUCACAGAGAUCACACAGUGGAGACCGACAGCGUUGGCGUAUCUCAUCCUGUGUACAUUACCAUGCUUUGCUAUUUUAAUAGCCGCCUCCAAGGUGCAGGUGGACGGAAGACACAGGUUUGACCAUUUCACUGAGCUGCCCGUUUCCUUGGUGCUUUUCUCUCUCAUCUGUGUGGACGUCAUCGAGAGGAUUCGACCCUGCAGGCUCGUUGGACAAUUAGACAGCUUGGAUCAUGACCUCGAUAUAGCAGGUCUCACCCUCACCCACCUGGAACAGGUGACCACCAUAUCAAGCCAGCUGCAAUCUGAUGAAGGCCAGAACGGUCUGACCCACGGCCAUCCAGAGACCAGGAACGGCAGCGCCACAGGCAGAUGGCAGGACUUCAAUGGCUCGCCCAGCCGGUCAGCAUUCAGCUCACGAGCAUCCAGCACCGCCUACCUGUACUCCUCAUCCUCGCGCCCCCGAUACUACUCUGGCCCUAUGGGCUUCCUGUGGAGGAGGGAUGGAAGGUCAGAGGUGUUUGUGGAUAGUUUCCUGUUCUGGCUAGACACUGUGGAGAUGGUGAGAGUGGCAGGAGAGCCACUGGUCUUCUACUCAGUCUGGGUGUUCCCCAUCUACAUCCUCGCUUUCCUGUCCACUCUCCGCGUGGUCAUCACUCCUAACAACUCCUUGUUGUCUUUUGCUGGAGUGGCUCUGCAGGAUCUUCCUUUCUUUAUAAUUCGGGUGGCUCUGAUUGUUGUGUUUGGUUAUGUAACACCUGUGUUGUAUGCAAUGAAAAAUGCGCUGGUGAGCCUGACAUUUAUCUACUUUACAUUCCUGACCAAGCUGAAGAUAUUCAGCAGUCAGAGCAUGUUUUGAGGAGGAGUGGCACAUUCUGUCGCUAAUGAAAAGAUCCGCUUUGAUUGUGGAUGGUUGAACAGUUGGUGUAUUUAUGUGUAUGUAGCAGCAUCAGAGAAGCAUCGUGCUGGUGCUGAUGAUGAGGUUUUGAAUUGUAAUGGCUUCAAAUGUAUUGAAAGCCCAUUCAUCCAAAUCAAAGUGUAAAAAAUGAUUCUCUCAAAAAAGAGGAGAGCUGUGUCAGCUUCAGUAUAGACCAAUUGUUUUUGUUUUUGUAUGAAUUCAUUUAGUAUUUAUUGAUACCAGAUUUUAUGUCUAUCUGCUACUUUUU